AUGGAAGUCAAUGGUCACAGGCGAGGCAGACAGAAGGAUCUUGUUGCCUAUCAAAAUGGUGAGUUGAGCACGUCAAGUAGUGAAGAUGACCUUGAUCCCUGGACUGCCUGGGCUUACAAGCCUCGCACCAUAACGUUUUUACUUAUCGGUGCAUGCUUUCUUGUAUGGGCAAGUGGAGCACUUGAUCCCGAACGUAGUUCAGAAACUGAUCUUGUCACUACUGUGAAAAGGGGUUUAUGGGCUAUGAUUGCUGUGUUCCUUGCCUACUGCUUGUUUCAAGCGCCUUCUCCUGUUCUGAUCCGGCCACAUCCUGCAAUUUGGCGCCUUGUUCAUGGAAUGGCUGUCAUUUAUCUUGUCGCACUAACGUUUCUCCUUUUCCAGAAGCGUGACGAUGCACGGCAGUUCAUGAGGUUCCUGCAUCCUGAUCUUGGUGUUGAGCUUCCUGAGAGAUCUUAUGGUGCCGAUUGCCGAAUAUAUGUGCCCGAAAAUCCCUCAAGCAGGUUUAAGAAUGUUUAUGAUACACUUUUUGAUGAGUUUGUUCUGGCACAUAUUCUUGGAUGGUGGGGGAAAGCCAUAAUGAUCCGUAACCAGCCACUGUUGUGGGUGCUUUCUAUUGGAUUUGAGUUAAUGGAGCUUACCUUUCGCCACAUGUUGCCAAACUUCAAUGAGUGCUGGUGGGAUAGCAUCAUUCUCGAUAUAUUGAUCUGCAAUUGGUUCGGUAUUUGGGCAGGAAUGCGUACUGUUCGGUACUUUGAUGGUAAAACUUACGAAUGGGUUGGUAUAAGUCGGCAGCCUAAUAUCAUGGGCAAAGUGAAAAGAACACUAGGUCAAUUUACACCUGCCAGGUGGGAUAAAGACGAAUGGCAUCCCCUUCUUGGCCCCUUGCGAUUUAUUCAAGUUUUGAGCCUUUGCAUUAUUUUCUUGACUGUGGAACUCAACACCUUUUUUCUCAAGUUUUGCCUUUGGAUUCCUCCUCGGAACCCUAUCAUAAUCUAUAGGUUGGUUUUGUGGUGGCUUAUAGCAAUACCCACGAUUCGUGAGUAUAAUUCCUACUUGCAAGACAGAAAAACAGUAAAGAAAGUUGGAGCAUUUUGCUGGCUUUCGCUUGCUAUCUGCAUUGUUGAGCUCCUUAUUUGUAUUAAGUUUGGACAUGGAUUAUUCUCUAAUUCAAUGCCCGGGUGGUUGGUCGUAUUUUGGUCGUUUGCUGGGACUGUGAUUGUGAUUUUCUUGGCUGUAUGGUCAUGGCAACAACUGCACAGAUCAACAAAGAGAAAGCUGCAAUAA